AGAAAACCUUCUUGGAGCACAAGCGAUGCCAUAGACGCCGAUUCACCGGAGACGAUAAUUGAAUCCAAUUGCUUCCUCUUUCACAAAACCCUAUAUACAUUUACCCUCUCUCUUCACAUUUUCGCUCUCUAAAACCCUCAUUUUUUAAUAUCGCUAUGGAUAUCGACUUCUCUGAGUACCGGUUACGCUGUCAGCUUCGAGGUCAUGAAGACGACGUUCGUGGUAUAUGUGUAUGCGACAAUGGUGGAAUAGCAACUUCAUCAAGAGAUCGAACCAUUAGGUUAUGGUCUUUGGAUCAGACUAACAAUUCUUCCCACACUUCAUCAAAGAUACUACUUGGGCAUACUAGUUUUGUUGGACCACUAGCUUGGGUUCCCCCUAAUGAACAGUUUCCAGAAGGGGCCCUUAUAUCUGGUGGAAUGGACACCCUUGUUUUGGUAUGGGAUUUAGCAACAGGCGAGAAAGUUCAGACACUGAAAGGGCACAAAAUGCAAGUGACAGGAGUCACUUUGGAUGGAUCAGACAUUAUAUCUGCAUCUGUUGAUUGUACACUAAGACGUUGGAAGGGAGAACAUCAAGUUGAGGUUUGGGAAGCUCACAAGGCACCAAUCCAAUCAAUACGGACAUUACCUUCUGGAGAGCUUAUUACAGGUUCAAGUGACACGACUAUAAAGCUUUGGAAGGGAAGCAAAUGUACACAUACCUUUUCUGGGCACUCAGAUACGGUGAGAGGUUUAGCCAUAAUGCCUGAUUUGGGCAUACUUUCUGCAUCACAUGAUGGAACCAUAAGAUUAUGGGCAGUGACUGGUGAGGUUUUAUUGGAGAUGGUGGGUCAUACUGCUAUUGUAUAUGCUGUUGAUGCUCAUAAAUAUGGGCUUGUGGUCAGUGGUAGUGAAGAUGGAUCAGCUAAAAUAUGGAAAGAUGGAGUUUGUGUACAAAGCAUAGAGCAUCCUGGUUGUGUUUGGGAUGUGAAAUUCUUGGAAAAUGGUGAUAUUGUGACUGCAUGUUCGGAUGGGGUUGCACGUGUUUGGACUGCACAUAAAAAUUUGAUAGCUGAGACCCAAGAACUUGAGGGAUAUGCUUCUCUACUUUCGCAUUACAAGGGCAGCAGGAAGCGAGUUGGAGGGUUGAAAUUGGAGGAAUUACCUGGUCUAGAAGCUUUGCAGGUUCCAGGUGCCAAAGAUGGACAGACAAUUGUUGUCCGUGAGGGUGACAAUGGUGUUGCAUAUGCAUGGAAUAUGCAGAAUCAAACAUGGGAUAAGAUAGGGGAAGUAAUUGAUGGGCCUGAUGAUGGCAAUGGCAUGAAGCGCCCAGUGCUUGAUGGAGUACAAUAUGAUUAUGUGUUUGAUGUGGAUAUUGGAGAUGGUGAACCUAUCCGCAAAUUGCCAUAUAACAGAUCAGAUAAUGCAUAUGACACAGCUGAUAAGUGGCUUCUGAAAGAGAAUCUUCCGCUUUCGUAUCGCCAACAAGUGGUUGAGUUUAUAUUACAAAAUUCAGGACAAAAAGAUUUCAUUCUUGAUUCAUCAUUCCGUGAUCCUUACACUGGUUCCAGUGCUUAUGUGCCAGGGCAGCCUUCCAGGUCUGGUGCUGUAUCAACCAAACCAACCUUCAAACACAUUCCCAAGAAAGGAAUGGUUGUUUUUGAUGCUGCUCAAUUUGAUGGAAUCCUUAAAAAGAUUUCAGAAUUCAACAAUGCUUUAGGCUCUGACCCGGACCAACAGGGCUUAUCACUCAGUGAGUCAGAAACAUCAAGAUUGAGUGGCAUAGCUAAAACAUUAAAGGACACAUCGCAUUACCAUAUUAGUAAAUUUUCAAAUGAUGACAUCAGCUUAUUGUCAAAAUUACUCAAAUCAUGGCCAGUUUCCAUGAUGUUUCCAGUUAUUGACAUAUUAAGGAUGGUCAUUUUACAUCCAGACGGAUCAUCUGUUCUGAAACGUGUUAGUGAUGAAAACGAUAUAUUCAUGGAUUUAAUCAAGAAGGUUACAAAUAAUCCUCUUCCCCCAAAUCUUCUAACCAGUAUACGUGCUGUAGUAAAUCUUUUUAAGAACUCAACUUUCCAUCUAUGGUUGCAAAACCAUCGUGUUGAGAUUUUUGAUGCAUUCGCUAGUUGUUAUUCAUCUCCAAAUAAGAAUGUUCAAAUAUCUUAUUCUACAUUGGUGCUCAAUUAUGCUGUGCUAUUGAUUGAAAAGAAGGAUGAAGAAGGUCAAUCUCAUGUUCUUUCAGCAGCUUUAGAGAUUGCAGAAGGGGAGACUUUGGAAGUUGAUGCGAAAUACCGAGCAUUAGUGGCUAUUGGAUCACUGAUGGUUGAGGGUGCUGUGAAGAAAAUAGCAAUGGACUUUGACGUUGAGAGUGUUGCCACAUCAGCAAAAGCAUCAAAAGAUUUGAAAGUUGCUCAAGUUGGAGCUGAUAUUGAAGCUGUAAUAAAGCAUGGUUGAUUCUCUGGCUCUGAGUUGAUAGGAAUUGCUGGGUGGAAAAGAAAAGAAAAAAAAGAAAGUUUAAAGGUGGUGAAACAUUGAGGAGGCAUUAGGUGUUUUUUUAUAUAUAAAAGUAAAAAAGAAUGGAAUGAUGUAUUGAUGUAUACUUACUUGGGUAUUAUAUAUCCGUUUUAGUUUACUUUACUGAUGGGGAAUUCUUUUCGUAGAAGAAGAAAAUUGUUGAAAUUUUGUUUUUAUGAAUUUGGUCGGCAUGAAAAUAACAUGUUAUCUGGUAA